UAAGUCUUUAGUUUGGGAUUAGGAGAUUUUAAGACACAUUUAAUUAAACAGAGCAGGGACACCUUUAUAAACCUGAAGUUGGGGUUAAUUCACUCCCCUAAUGUGUUCCAUUUCUUCAUUACACCAAGAUGAAACAAAUUCCAUGUUGUACUUGGGGAACCCUGGAAGGGAAUGUGGAGUUUCAUCUCCGGACAGUUCAGUGCACUGGGAGGACAUGAUUAGCAACUGUGUCAGGGGAUGCUUUGUCAUGUAAUGAAAUGAAAUCAAGCCAUGUCUUACAGCAAGCCAGUCCCACUCAAAGCACUUUCAUGGAGAUAAUAUCCUUGCUGAAGGACAGGAACCAACCUGGUAAAAGAGACCCUUCAGAGCUGCAGCAACAUGGGAUGCUGCAGUUCCAGCUUGUUGUGGUCCAUCUGGCCCUUGUGAUCACCCUGCUGCAGUGGCAUUCUAGUUCAGUGCUCCUUGCAGAGGCAGCUCCAGAGCCUUUGGAGCCUUCUGCUGCUCUGGGCAUGGCAGCGCAUCCUACUGCCAGCGAGGAGAAGUCAGCCUCCAGCCUGGCAGCCAAACUGCUCCUUCUUGAUGAGUUGGUGUCUCUGGAGAAUGAGGUAACUGAGACAAAGAAGAAAAGAAGUUUUCCAGGAUUUGGCUCCCCGAUCGACAGAAUUUCUGCGACAUCUGUGGAUGCUAAAGGCAAACAGAGGAAAGUGGUUGACCUGCCUAAGAGACGGUUUGGAGUUCCUCUUGACCGGAUUGGAGUGAGUCGUCUUGGCAACACCAAGGGUUAGCAGUUCCUGCAAGUUCUUCUGUUCUGAAUGAUUGAUGCCAUACAGGAAACAUCACAGAAAUGUGGAAGAUGCAUCAGAGCACAUCUUGUCAUUGACUAAUGAUUCAACACUCAAGGAAUUGACCUCCUGCAAAAUCUUCUUCACAAUGUGUUUUACAAACAUUGCUUUUACAAACAGUAACUAAUUCGGUUCAUCAGAUCAGAAUGCUCUCACAGCUGAGCACAGUGCCACUGAUAGGAGGAGACAGGAAAAAAAAAGCAUAGUUUAAUCGCAUGGCAUUUCUCUCUUAAGCCUGCAGAAGUCCAUUCUUCUAGCAAGGACUGUUAGAAUUUUUGGAUUUAAAAUAAAACUCUCAGAGAAGCCAACGGCAGUCCAUGAAAUGCAGGCAGUUUGCUUUGCACAUAUCUUUCAAGAGGGUGUUUUUCUGUUAGAUGAAGGGAGGAUUUAACAGUUAUGGGACAAAUCCGUAUUUUAUUUGAACUGCUGUUUGGGAGAAGACAUUUACUGAUAUCAUUAGGAGUUGAUCUGAAUAAGAAGUAAGAGAAGAAUCUUAGGAUUUGCUCUGAUGCUUUUAACAGCCUUCCUUGUAUCUCUGCACCAAAUUUAGAAAUGUUUUCAUUGUACAGCAUAUCCUGACAUGUGGCGAGACUGUCAGCUUCCUCCUGUAAGCUAACAAAUGCAUUUCAGUCCUCCCUAUGCAUAACAUAGGAUAGCGUCCAAAUAUGAAGUCAUCUACUUCCUAGGCCAUCUGCAUUGUAUGCCUUAUUUUAGUCUCUUGAUGUGUGCAUGGGGCAUAAUCACAUAUGCAACUGUAAAAGUUCAAGCAUUUCUUAGACUGAUAACAUGUAAACGUGUGCCUGUUCUCUCUAUUUCAAUUUGGAGUAAAACAGGUUGUCUUGAA